UAAAGAAACAGUGCUUGUAGUCUUCACUCCAUCCAUCUGACUGAACAAGAAACAGCUUACCAUUUGUUGAAACAAUAGGAUUAUUAAAAGAACAACCUAAACGGUGAAAGGCAGGUGUGAAUCUUGUAAGUUAUUGAACAUAUUUUAAUAUAUAUAUACGUUAAUAGUGCUUUAUAAUGAAAUCUGCUCCGGAUAUGCUGUUGAAGGCUCUGUCUGAGCUGGACCUAAAGGAACUGAAGACUUUCCAAUGGCAUGUGGUCAACAGCGACCUGGGAGACCUCACAAAUAUGCCAAAGGGUUGUCUGGAAAAUACAGACAGGCUUGACACAGUUGAUAAGAUAAUGCAGAACUAUGGCAGUUCCAUAGCCGUGAAGAUCACAAAGAUGGUCCUGGAGAAGAUACAUCGUAGUGACAUUGCUAAGACGCUAGAGAGUGAUCCUCUAACAGAGGAACCAGUAAAGAAAAAAAACAAGAUUAUAGAUGAGGGAAAUGUGAGUGAGCUGAAGGACCGAUUGAGAUAUGACUUAAAGCUUCUGCAGAAUAAGUUUGAAAAAUGUGAAAAUAUCAGUGACUGUAACAACAGGAUGACUCAGCACAACAAGAACCAGCUGGAGACCACUGAGAGGAGGAUCGAGGAAGAAUUUGAAAAAUUAUACGAGUUCCUGAGAAUUCAAAAGAAGGAAAGACUGGCGGCAUUAAACAAGGAAGAGGUGGAGAAGGGAAUAACUAUUGGGGAGAACAAUUAUAAAAUUCAGGAGCAGAUAACAUCUCUCCAAACCACCAUCCAUGCUGUGGAAGAGGACCUUCAGAAAUCCACCAAUGAAUUCCUUGAGAGUUAUAAAGACACUCAGCAUAAAAUUGAAACCCUCUUUGCACUUCCGGAACCACAGCUCAUUUCCGGCGCACUUAUUGACGUGGCCCAGCACCUGGGCAACCUGCAGUUCCAAGUCUGGGAGCAGAUGCGGUUGAUCGUCAAACACUCACCUGUGAUUCUGGACCCCAAUACCGCAGCCUCCACUCUGCGUCUGUCUGACAAUCUCACUGGCGUGCAACACACAGCCAUAGAGCAGGAGCAAAUCCCAGACAACCCAGAACGGUUCUUGCAGUAUGCAAAGGUCCUGGGCUCUGUAGGAUAUGAGAAGGGUUCACAAAAACACAGCUGGGAGGUGGAGGUGGGCGACCAACCCGAGUGGAAUCUGGGCUUGGCUAAAGAAUCCGUCAACAGGAAGGGAGAAGAUCUUCCUGCAUCACCAGAGUAUGGAUUCUGGACUAUAAUGAAAAGGGGGAAGAAGUACACGAAUGGAACGGGAAAGGCACUCAAUCUGAAGAGCAGACCCCAAAGGAUCAGAAUUCAGCUGCACUAUGAUCUGGGGGAGUUGUCCUUCUAUGACUCCAAAGACAAUACACACAUAUACACUUAUAAAACCAAGUUCACUGAAAGGGUCUACCCAUACAUCUCUGUUUGGAAGAUAAAAGAUGCCAGCAACAAUGAAUUACAGAUCUGCCAUUCAGAAAUAUCUGUGACAGUUAAAUCAUGUCUGUGAGGUGUGUGUGUGUGCUUGCAUGCAUUUUAUAUGGAUGUGGUGUUAUGUGUUUUAUUGUACAAAUUAGUGUUAUUGGAACUUGGUGUAAUGUUUGAUACAGUUUAUUGUACAAUACUGCCAGACAAACUGGAGAUCUGAGUUUGUCUUCGUGACACAAUCCUAAAUUGCUUCAAGUCUUUUUUUAUAAGACAGGGAAUACUUCAUAGGCAACUAUAGGCCAUAGGCAACUAUGUAUCAUAAAAUGUGCAUGUAAUGUGAAAGCUC